AUGUCGCGAGCUUUUACGAGAUUUCGCAAGCCGCUGAUAGGCUUCGCGGCUGUCGCCACCGCUGGCGGCAUCGUCUACGCCUCCCGACGACAAAAUAAGCACUCGUUCGACACGCCUCUCGUCUCGCUGCAGCGCGACGCAAACGGGCGCAUUGUACCGCCCACCUUUCCCAAGAUGAAGAGCCGCGCCGAGAACCUCGCCGAGCUUCGCCGCCACGGCCAGCCCGACAACACAGACGAGUACGACCUGUUAAUUAUUGGCGGCGGCGCGACGGGCACCGGCAUCGCGCUCGACGCCGUCACGCGCGGCCUCAAGGUGGCGCUGGUCGAACGCGACGACUUCUCGGCGGGCACCAGCUCCAAGAGCACCAAGCUCGUGCACGGCGGCGUGCGGUACCUGGAAAAGGCCGUCUGGAACCUCGACUACGCGCAGCUGCAGCUCGUCAUGGAGGCUCUGCGCGAGCGGCGCACCUUUCUCGACAUUGCCCCCCACCUGUCGCACUCGCUGCCCAUCCUGCUGCCGCUCGAGCACUGGUGGCAGGCGCCGUACAUGUGGAUCGGCACCAAGACGUAUGACAUGCUCGCGGGCGACCAGGGCCUCGAGAGCUCCUAUUACAUGAGCCGCGCAAAGGCGCUCGCCAAGCUGCCGAUGCUCAACCCGGACAAGCUGGUCGGCGCGCUCGUCUACUACGACGGCCAGCACAACGACUCGCGCAUGAAUGUCGCCCUCGCCAUGACGGCGUCGCUCCACGGCGCGACCGUGCUCAACCACGUCGAGGUCACGGGCCUGCAAAAGGACGCCGACGGCAAGAUCCGCGGCGCCACGGUCCGCGACGUCAUGGCGCAGGUCGACCCCGAGGCGGGCCUUGACGGCAAAGAGUUUGCCGUCCGCGCCAAGGGCGUCAUCAACGCGACGGGACCCUUUGCUGACGCGGUGGAGCGCAUGGACGACCCCUCGCGCAAGGCCAUGAUUGCGCCCGCGUCGGGCGCGCACAUCAUGCUGCCCGGCAGCUUGUGCCCCAGCGGCAUGGGCAUGCUGGACGCGGCCACGUCGGACGGCCGCGUCGUCUUUGUGCUGCCGUGGCAAAACUACACGCUGGCCGGCACCACGGAUAAUGCCUGCGAGAUUGAGCGCCAGCCCGUCGCCCGCGACGAGGACGUCGACUUUAUCCUCGGCGAGGUCAGCAAGCUCCUCAAGCCCGAGUCGACGCUCACACGCGCCGACGUGCUCGCCACCUGGUCCGGCAUCCGCCCGCUCGUCAAGGAUCCCAACGCCAAGAACACCGAGUCCCUCGUGCGCAGCCACCUCGUCACCGUGUCGCCCUCGAACCUGCUGACCUGCGCCGGCGGCAAGUGGACCACCUACCGCCAAAUGGCCGAGGAUGCCGUCGACGAGGCCAUCAAGACGUUUCACCUGACGCCCCGCGCCGACGCCACUCCCGCCGACAUUUCCGGCGCCGGAUUCCCCGCCGUCCAGAGCACCGGCGCCUGCGUGACCCGCAAGGUCGUUCUUGCCGGCUCCCACGGCUACUCGACGCGACUACCGGCUGAGCUCGCCGAGAGCCAAGCCCUCGACGCCGACAUUGCGCACCACCUGGCUACCAACUACGGCGACCGCGCCUGGGCCCUCCUCGCGACGACGACGCCGUCUUCACCGCCUACUCGCCUGUUGCCCGCGCACCCAUUCACCGACGCCGAGGUGCGGUACGGCGUGCGCGCCGAGGCUGCCUGCACGGCCGCCGACCUGAUUGCGCGGCGCACGCGCCUCGCCUUUCUCGACGUCGACAGCGCGCUGCUCGCGCUGCCCCAGGUGAUUGACAUUAUGGCGCAGGAGCUCGGCUGGAGCGCGGACCGCCAGACGCGCGAGUGGAGCGAGACGCUGCGCUUCCUCGAGUCCAUGGGCCUGCCGCAGGAUCAGCUGCACGUCAGCCGCGAGGAGGUGGUGGUGCGGUGCGCAGAGGCGGACAGGGCGCUGACGCACCGCAACAACAACAACGACAGCAACAACAAGCAAAAGCCGCUGGCAGUAAAUGGGAAGCUCGGCUUUGGCGUCAGCGGAGGCAGCGGCAGCGGCAGCGUCGUCGGCCAGAGAGAGACGAGCGAGCAGUAG